CCUUAGGCCAGAAAUAAACCUCAAACGAUUCCACAGGCGACUUUCUCCCCGUCUCAAGUUGCUAAAAUCUGGACUGCCCCAAAGCCUUGAACUUCCCCGUCUUCUCUUCCAGCUGGCUCAGUUCCUCCUCUGGCCCCUGGCUUUAUAAGCACCUCAGUUCUGCUGUCACCUUCAAUAAGGGAGGCUCCUACGGAGAGAGCCUGACCAACCUCUGCCCAGGACGCUGCUGAAAACUGGAUGAUGGCCAGGCCGUCCUGUGUGGUGUUGGCCCUGUUGCUGCUGGCGGAGGUCUCUGGGUCUGCAGAAGGGGCGUCUAAUCCUGGGUUCGUGGCCAGAAUCACCAGAAAAGGCCUGGAAUACGCCCACCGCUAUGGAAUAGCCACCCUGAAGAAGGAGCUGUCCACGGUCAACUUGCCUGAUUUCUCAGGAAGCUUCAAAGUCGGUUGGAUUAAAAGCGUGAGCUAUGAGUUUUACAGACUGAAGAUCCAUCGCUUCGAGCUCAGGAACUCAGAUUUGAGACUACGCCCAACGCAGGGGAUCACAGCCUCCUUGACCAAUAACUACGUGUCUGUCAGCGGGAACUGGAAGGUGAAAAAGGCUUUCAUCACCCUCGAUGGUACUUUCGACGUGCGUGUGGAUGGCAUUUCCAUCUCGGUUUCUCUGAACUUGGGCAAGGACCAGUCUGGACGACCCACUGCCUCUGUGGCCCACUGCAGCAACUCCAUUGGCCACGUCAGCGUCGACAUUUCUGGAUCUCUAAGCUGGAUCCUGAACCUCUUCCAUAAAAGAAUUGAAAACAAUUUCAAAAACAUCUUAGAACAAAAGAUCUGCGAAAUGGUCCGGAAGUCAACAGCCUCUCACCUGGAGCCCUAUCUCCGGACGCUGCCAGUUAUCGCCAUGAUUGACCAGGUUGCCGGCAUUGACUACAGCUUAGUAGGAGCUCCCCAAGUGACUUCUCAAGUCAUAGACACACCCUUCAAGGGUGAAUUCUUUGGCCGAAACUGGCGCUCCCCAGCCCCCUUCGAUGCUCCUCCCAUCAGGCUGUCUGAGAAACAGGACCACCCGGUCUACUUUGCCGUCUCCGAGUAUGUCUUCAACACAGCCAGCCGGGUUUACCACCAGGCUGGGCGCAUGAAUUUCACCAUCCAAAACCAGCACAUUCCCCAGGACUCUCCAAUCCGCCUGCACACCAACUCAUUCCGGGCCAUUAUUCCUCAGCUGGCCAGGUUGUACCCCAAUACGGAGCUAGAGCUUGAGACGUCUCCCGAAUCGGCCCCGUUCCUGAUGUUCACCGCUGGAAAUGUGACCCUCAGUCCAGUGAUAGACAUCCAGGCCUUCGCUCUCCUGCCCACCUCCUCUGAGCGCAAGCUACUCUUCGAACUCAGGGUGACAACCAACAUCUCCGCCACCAUCAAUGUGAGCUCCGGCAGGAUCGUUGGUUCGGUCACCACGGGCAGUAAGCUGAAAUUGGAACUGAAACACUCCAACGUCCGUUACUUCAACGUGGAUCUGAUGGAAGCCAUCCUCAAUUACUACGCGCUGCACACCCUGUACCCCUCUCUCAACGCGCUUGGCCCAGUAGCUGCCGGAGAACCAGCAGGCCUCCUUCUACGCCACGGCCUUCUCCACCUGGCCUCACCACCUGCCUUUUACCACCACGAGCAAAGCUUGAGGAGGGCUUCCCUCUGCCUCUGCCAAGGGACACCUACCUCAACAGUUUGGAGCUCCACGUCCACAAGAACUUCCUGCUCUUGGGGGCCAACCUGGAAGAGGCCGAACACUGAAGAGGAGUAGCCAUGGCC